UGCACUCUCUCCCCUUCCCUCUGCUCUUUUCUCUAUCUAAAACAUUUCUCUCUCCCGCACUGGAUCUUUUAUUCUCUCUUUAAAUAAAAACAGCAUUUUUCUCUUAAUACCAUACACAGAGAUCGAGAUCUUAGCUGUUGAGAAUGGCUACGUCGACAGCUGGGGCUACAGGAUGGUACAGAGGGAGAGUGAAAGCAGUUCCUUCAGGAGAUAGCUUGGUGAUAAUGGCCGUGACAAGCAAUAAGCCUGGCCCGCCACCGGAAAAGACUAUCACUUUGUCCUCUCUCAUUGCCCCCAGAUUGGCUCGUAGAGGUGGUGUUGAUGAGCCGUUUGCCUGGCUGAGUAGAGAGUAUUUGCGAAACCUCUGCAUAGGAAAGGAAGUGACUUUCAAGGUAGAUUAUGCUGUCCCAUCCAUCGGAAGAGAAUUUGGCUCUGUGUUCCUUGGUGACAAAAAUGUUGCAUUGCUGGUUGUUGCUGAAGGCUGGGCAAAGGUCAGGGAGCAGGGUCAGCAAAAAGGUGAAGCUAGUCCUUUUCUUGCUGACCUCCUACGCCUUGAAGAACAAGCUAAACAGGAGGGUCUUGGCCGAUGGAGUAAGGCACCAGGAGCCUCAGAGGCAUCCAUCAGAAAUCUACCCCCCUCUGCCAUCGGUGAUCCUAGUAACUUGGAUGCCAUGGAUCUGCUAGCUAAAAAUAAGGGAAGACCCAUGCAAGGCAUUGUGGAGCAGGUUCGUGAUGGUAGCACUGUCCGUGUAUACUUGCUUCCAGACUUUCAAUUUGUCCAAGUGUUUGUUGCCGGAAUCCAGGCCCCUUCAAUGGGUAGAAGAGCUGCAGUCGAAACUGUUGCUGAAACAGAAACAAUCUCUAAUGAAACAAAUGGUGAUGCUUCUGGAGCUUUUGCUCCUUUAACAUCUGCACAAAGACUUACAGCCUCAACAGCACCCCCAGAAGUUGCUCCUGACCCAUUUGGGAUGGAAGCCAAACAUUUUACGGAGCUCCGUACUUUGAAUAGGGAUGUUCGCAUUGUUCUGGAAGGUGUUGACAAGUUCAGCAAUUUGAUUGGAUCAGUAUAUUAUCCCGAUGGGGAAUCUCCAAAGGACCUGGCAUUAGAGCUUGUGGAAAAUGGUUUGGCUAAGUUUGUUGAAUGGAGUGCCAACAUGAUGGAAGAAGAUGCUAAACGGCAGCUGAAGACUGCAGAGCUUCAAGCCAAGAAAAGCCGCUUGAGGAUGUGGACUAAUUAUGUACCCCCUGCUACAAAUUCAAAAGCAAUUCAUGACCAGAAUUUUACAGGAAAGGUGGUGGAGGUUGUAAGUGGUGAUUGUGUUAUUGUGGCUGAUGAUUCUGUGCCUUAUGGCAGUCCAUUGGCAGAGAGACGUGUCAAUCUUUCAAGCAUUAGGUGUCCAAAAAUGGGUAAUCCUCGCAGAGAUGAAAAACCUGCUCCUUAUGCCCGUGAUGCUAAGGAGUUUCUGAGGACACGUCUUAUUGGCCGACAAGUGAAUGUGAGAAUGGAAUAUUCUAGGAAGAUGACAGAUGGACCUACAGCUGCCCCUGUUCCUGGAGAUGCAAGAGUUAUGGAUUUUGGAUCCAUCUUUCUGUUGUCUCAUUCUAAAGGUGAUGAAGCCUUGACAGUUCCAUUGACUGCUGCUGGCCAGCAACCGGGGAUUAAUGUUGCUGAGCUCGUUGUUUCUCGUGGCUUUGGCACUGUGAUUCGGCAUAGAGAUUUUGAGGAAAGAUCAAACUUCUAUGAUGCCCUUCUUGCUGCUGAAUCACGAGCUAUUGCUGGAAAGAAAGGGAUCCAUUCUGCAAAGGACCCCCCAGUCUCACAUAUUACAGACCUUACCACGGCAUCGUCCAAGAAAGCAAGGGAAUUCUUGCCACACAUGCACAAAAAUAGGAGGAUCUCUGCUGUUGUUGAAUAUGUCCUUAGUGGUCAUCGUUUUAAACUACUAAUCCCCAAGGAAACAUGUAGCAUUGCCUUUUCAUUCUCUGGCAUUAGAUGCCCUGGUCGUGAUGAGCCCUACUCAGAAGAAGCAAUUGCACUCAUGAGACGAAAGAUAAUGCAGAGAGAUGUUGAGAUUGAAGUGGAAACCGUUGAUAGAACUGGAACUUUCUUGGGAUCGCUAUGGGAGUCGAGGACUAACAUGGGAGUGACUCUUCUUGAGGCUGGCCUUGCAAAGUUCCAAACUUCCUUUGGCACUGAUAGGAUCCCUGAGGCUCACCUUCUUGAACAGGCUGAGCAAUCUGCCAAGAGUCAGAAACUGAAGAUUUGGGAGAAAUAUGUUGAAGGAGAGGAAGUCAAUAAUGGUCCAGCUGUUGAAAGCAAACAGAAAGAAGUGCUCAAGGUGGUGGUUACAGAAGUCUUGGAUGGUGGUAGGUUCUAUGUCCAGACAGUUGGGGACCAGAAAAUAGCCUCUAUUCAGCAGCAACUUGCAUCCCUCAGUCUCCAAGAAGCUCCUGUAAUUGGUGCUUUUAACCCCAAGAGGGGUGACAUUGUGCUUGCUCAGUUUAGUGCAGAUAAUUCAUGGAACCGAGCAAUGAUUGUGAAUGCACCUCGUGGAGCUGUUGAGUCACCCAAGGACAAGUUUGAGGUGUUCUACAUUGAUUACGGGAAUCAAGAGGAGGUUCCCUACAGUCAUUUACGGCCUCUUGAUCCAUCAGUGUCAGCUGCAUCUGGUCUUGCUCAGUUGUGCAGCUUAGCGUACAUUAAGGUUCCAAGCUUGGAGGAGGAUUGUGGUCCAGAAGCAGCCCAGUAUUUUAGUGAGAACACAUUAAACAGUUCAAAAGAAUUUAGGGCAAAGGUAGAAGAAAGGGAUACUUCUGCAGGGAGAGUUAAAGGCCAGGGAACUGGACCAGUUCUUAUUGUAACUCUGGUUGCUGUUGAUUCAGAAAUUAGCUUAAAUGCUUCUUUAGUUCAGGAAGGGCUUGCCAGGAUAGAAAAGAAGAAGAAGUGGGACUCUAUGGAAAGAAAGGUAGCCCUAGAUAAUUUGGAAAAAUUCCAGGAUGAAGCCAGGUCUGAUAGGCGUGGGCUGUGGGUGCAUGGAGAUAUCGAGUCAGAUGACGAGGAUGUGGUCCUUCCUGCUAAGAAGGCUGGUGGCCGUCGAUGAUUUUAACUUGUUCACUCCAGGUAAAUUAAGAUCAAAAGAACCCAACCGGCCUAAGAUGAGUUUUUAGUUUGUAGGCUUGUUUUAUCUGGUGUAGAAGAGAAUGCAGAGAUGUUUCAGCUGGAACUCAAGUUUUGUCUUCCUUUCCUUUUUAUUUGUUCUAAAAUUUUCGUCGUAGCAGAGGAAACAAUUUUUUUUACACGUCUUAAUAAGGUGAACUACACUCAGUAGUGAUGCGCAGCAUUAUAAACAAUUAUUCAACAAAGUUGAUAAUGUAUCAGUAGUGUUUUCUUUUGGACUCAUUAU